AAUCACUCGCUCAACUUGUCUUCUGCUUAUGGUGCCACACCAACGUGCCUAGCUAGUAGUACCAAGAGAACCGAGAUCGAGCAAGAUCCAUGGAGCUGCUUCCUCUUCUCACGUGGCUCCUCCUCGCGCACGCCAUGGCGUACCUUGCCUGGACGGCCGCGGCGCGCCGCCGGCAGUCGCGGUGCUACCUCCUGGACUACGUCUGCCACAAGCCCCGUGACGACCGCAAGCUGUCGACGGAGACGGCCGGCGACGUGAUCCAGCGCAACGCGCGGCUCGGUCUGACCGACUACCGCUUCCUCCUCCGCGUCGUCGUCCGCUCCGGCAUCGGCGAGGAGACCUACGCCCCGCGCAGCAUCCUGGAGGGCCGCGAGGACACCCCGACCCUCAAGGACUCGCUGGAGGAGAUGGACGCCUUCCUCGACGAGGCCGUCGCCGAGCUGUUCGCCCGGACGGGGGUCUCUCCGGGCGACGUCGACGUGCUGGUCUUCAACGUCUCCAUGCUCUCCCCGUCCCCGUCGCUGUCGUCCCGGGUCGUGCGCCGGUACGGCCUCCGCGACGACGUCGCCGCGUACAACCUCGCGGGGAUGGGCUGCAGCGCGGGGCUCGUCGCGCUGGACCUCGCCCGGAACGCGCUCCGGGCGCGCCCCCGCCGCGCGUCGCUGGCGCUCGUGGUGUCGUCCGAGUCCAUCGCGCCCAACUGGUACUCCGGCACCGACAAGUCCAUGAUGCUCGCCAACUGCCUGUUCCGCUGCGGCGGCGCCGCGGCGCUGGUCACCAACGACCCGGCGCGCCGCGGGCGCGCCAAGAUGGAGCUCAGGUGCCUGGUGCGCGCGCACAUCGGCGCCAGCGACGACGCGCACGCGUGCGCGCUGCAGCGGGAGGACGGCGAGGGCCGCGUCGGGAUCAGCCUCAGCAAGGCGCUGCCCAAGGCCGCCGUGCGCGCCUUCGCCGUCAACCUGCGCCGCCUCGCGCCGCGCGUGCUCCCCGUCGCCGAGCUCGCGCGGUUCACCGCGCGACACCUCGCCCGGAGGCUCUUCUUCCAGUUCCCGCACAUGCUGCAGGGCUCGGGAAAGCAGCAGCAGAAGGGCGGCGGCGACGCGGCGGCAAAGAUCAACUUCAAGGCCGGGGUGGAGCACUUCUGCCUGCACCCCGGCGGGACGGCGGUGAUCGAGGCGGUGAAGCAGAGCCUGGGGCUGGAGGACGAGGACGUGGAGCCGGCGAGGAUGACGCUGCACCGGUGGGGGAACACGUCGGCGAGCAGCCUGUGGUACGUGCUGUCGUACAUGGAGGCCAAGGGGAGGCUCAAGGUCGGGGACAGGGUGCUCAUGGUCACCUUCGGGUCCGGCUUCAAGUGCAACAGCUGCGUGUGGGAGGUGACCGGCGACAUGGCCGACAGGGGAGCCUGGGCCGACUGCAUCGACGACUACCCGCCGGAGACGCUCGCCAACCCGUACAUGGACAAGUUCGGCUGGAUCAACGACGUCCAAGGCGACACCAUGAUGCUCUAACGCUACGGUUUUUACCAACACUUGGUACAGGUGGUUCCUGCAUGCUACUGCAUGAAACCGUAAGUGAGGACAACGGAAGCAGUAGAAGCAGGGUUGUUGUUUCGGUUUCCAAUGCGUACGAAAGUGUGUAUUUACCCCCACAACUGCACAACAUACGUGUAGUAGCCUGAGCCAGUAGUGUACCGUAUACUAUUCUUUUUUGUUAUUAUUUUCUACCGCAAAGGGGAAAAAAUACUUAUGUAAUUUUUUUUUAGAACAGAGGAUCAGAUCACCAUGUAUUAUUUUUUUUGUAUUAAUUAUUUAUGAUCU